GCCAAUCUCGUUGAUCAGCAAACCUCCUCCCUGCAAAAGCAAGGCCCCAAACAUCGCGACCCUCGCCGCCACCGCAGCCAAGACAAGAGGACAUCGCACAUCCCACUCCGUGCCACCCACCUGUCCACCGGUCCGGCAGCUGUCAACCGGUCAGGUCAGGUUAGCCUCAGCCCAGCAGUAGACUCGGCCGGUCCCUGAGGUAGCUAGCCUGCACGGUGGGCAUGGCGUCCCCCAACCCCUACUCCUAUUCCCCACAGCUUCCGCAACGGGAAGAGUCCCCCUACCAAGAAGACCAGUACCAAUCAUCUCCUUCGUUCCGCUCUACUCCGUUCCGAUCCUCACGAGGGACCGGAGCCGGAGCCGGAAUCGGUCUCGGCUUGAGUUCGGGCUUCAUUUCGAGUCUCCGGGGUGGAGCCGGAGGGCCAGCCGAACCAAGAUCCGGAGACGGCAGCCACGAUGACCUCCCCCAAAGAUCAUCAUCAUCAUCCACCGUAAUCCCCUCCCUACCCCCCAAACCAAAACCAACCUCCAUCCCCGAAACCCUCUGGUCCUUACAAAUCCCUCUCCACAUCACACACCAGUCACAUCCCAAGACGCCCUACAUCUGCUCGGUGCCGCGCUUCAGCUACCUCGCUUUGCUGCUGCCACGGUUGACCGCCUACUACGGUACUCCGUGCUCGAGUUUCCACCAUGAGGAAGUCCAUCUCCGUAACUUUGCGGUCGGGUUACUGGUGGAUCUAUACCAGCCGAGUGAGCUGCCAUGGAGGUUGACGGUUGCUGAUGGGAUGGAGUGGGAUAUUUGUGACACCUUUAUGAAUAGUGCCAAGGAGGCGGAUUUCAUCCGAAAUGGAAAUGCAAAACGGAUCAUGGGCCUGAGUAAGGAGCAUACCACAGCGUUAUGGAAUGCUGUGCAGGAUAAUGACUACCAAGCCUUCACAAAAGUCAACACCCACCUGCUCAACGCUCCCAUAGCCCUCAAAAACGUUCCCAUACGGAUCUACAUCCCUUCCUCACCACCACCACCUUCACCAGACCAGCAACAACCCCAAAGACCCGGCGGCUCCAGCUCCUCCGGCUCUUACCGCGUGAUGCAAACCCUCGUUCCUCCACGGGGUUCAAACAACCGAACACCCCAAACCCUAGGACAAGCCCUCAAGUCCCUGCUCCCUGCCCUCUUCCCUAGCAGCCGGGACCCCGUCCUAGCAAAUGUCAUUUUGCACGGAGCUCCCGUGCCUUUUAGUGCGCCGCUCGAGGAGUUGAUGAGGGACGCGGCGUAUCCGGAUGGGUGGCUUUGUUUGAUUGUUGUUUUGUUGUGAGCAUGUGAGCAGAGGUUACUAUGAGAGAGAGGUGUUAAUGGGUUAUGAAGCUUGAAAAAAGAGGAACGAAUAGAUGGGGCAGAGAGAUUGUGGGUAAGAAGGAUGAAUGGAUGAGGUUAUAAGUUGACUUGGUCAUUGGCGUUUAUGAAGUAUCAUUACGCACGGUAUUAUAUCAAUAGGUGAUGCAAAAAAACCGUGAUGGUAUUUGAUGAACACUAGGUAGCAAUC